UGAGCAAACUUUCAUUUCAGAUUAGACCGCAGCACUUACACUGAACAUCACAGUGUUCACUUUUUUAUUUGAAAACUGAAAGGAUUCUUUUUUCACAGACAUGAAACUGCUUCUGGUCGUUGCACUGCUCGCCCUGAUCAAGGCCAGUUAUGCCACUUUGCUCAUUAAGGGGCCGAGCCAGCCGGUUCUGGAGGGAGACAGCGUCACGCUGGAGUGUUUGUACUCGGACUCUGAGCAAAACAUCAGCCAGGUCCACUUUGAGGUCUUCUCCAGGUACAUGCAGAGCUGGCGAACAGUGUACGAGCGAUCGUGGUGUUUCUUCUCCAUGUUGACCGAGCGGAAGGAUAACAGCCUGGUCCUGUCCAUCCCCCACGCAGCGCGCUACAGCGAGGGGCCUUAUCGCUGUGUGUCCACGGCUGAGAAUGCGACGGAAGACUCCUCCGAGCCGCUGGCCUUCAAAGUGCACUACAUGGGAGAGCUGUCACUGUCCAGGGAGGGCUACUCCAAGUACCUGGGUGUCCCGCAGGAGCUGAAGGUGCAUCCAGGGGAUGAUGUGGUGCUGAAGUGCUCUGCCAGCUCUUCAGAGAAGCCAAGCUACUUCUGGCACCAGGAGGGUAGCGACUGGAUCCUGCCUUCGUCUACGCUGACACUGAGGAAGGCGAGCGUGGCAGAUGAAGGACAGUACACCUGCAUGGCUGAGCAUCCUUCCGUGGAGUCACUCAGCAAGAAGCGCUCAGUCAGAAUCACUGUGCUGCCAGAGGACGCCCCCUGGUUCGAGUCCAGUAAUGGCCGUCUCAUUCUGAUGACCUCAGCGGCUGGUGUGGCUCUCUUGGUGUUCAUCCUCUCCAUGAGUGUGUUCCUUUGCCGCAGGGCCAAGCAAACCAACACCAGCAAGGGACCCAUUGAUGACCACUCGCAGAAGAAGCCCAUCUACAAAGGCAGUUCAGAAUCCCUGCCCUCUGCCUGCGGAGACAAACAGCCUCUGGUGUGAGGAUGCUAGAAGGAUGAGGAGGGAUGAAGAUGGAGCGAGGGAAAGAGAAGAUGGAGUAGGUGGCCAGAAAAUGAGGGAUGGCAAGAGGAUAGUUAAGGAGAUGGUUUACCUUUAGGGAGGGAGGGAAAGAAAGGUGUUAUUGGUAGACAAUACAUUGCGAGUGAAAUCAUAAUAAAGUAAUUAGCUGGAUGUAACAACUGCAGGGCAAAUGAUUGCUUUAGAGCCGCGCCAGCUGCUUUGCUUUUGGGUGUAUGCAGUUACACAUCGGGAACAAAAACGUGGACAAUUCUACCGUCAUUUAUGCCGCAGCGUGGAAAAUAGUGAGCUAUGUACAUUCUCAACAGAAAUGAUGGGGGGGAGGGAGGGGGGGAUUCUUGUGUACUGCAAAGUGAUGAAAAGAUGUGUGCAAUUCUCACCGUUGUGUUGCAAAAAUAAUUGCUCAUAUCAUGAAUAAACCUACUGGGUGAAGGGACAAACUUCUUUUUUGUUCAUCUUAAGGUUCUGUUAAAAUGAAAACGAUCAUUCCCUUAACAUGAGAGUCUGUAGGCUAUAAGCACAUUGCACUCUAUACUAUUUAAAUUGUUGUACUUCUACGUAACUGUCUCUUCUACAUUAAAUGGCUUUUUAUUGUC